UUCACGCACUUUCUAUGCCUGGUGCUGCUGGCGACGGGCGCCUCGGAUGCGCAGUGUAGCGGAGAGGCAGCGUGCCGUGAGCCCGGCGGCCUGGGGGGGUUCCGGGGCCCGGUGGUGAUGUGAGGAGCGGGGGCCGCUGUGUGCGAGUUGUGCUCACCUAAUGCGAGGAGGAGAGCGGAGCUCGGGGAGACAGACAGGGGGGUCACCAUCUUCUGACUGAGAGACCCAUGCUUGGUAGAGGACGUAAACGAAAGUUUGAUUGUGAAGAAACCAUGACUGACUUUACUUGUGCCUCAGAUUGUAACCGAAGUAUGCCAUACAGUCAUCAAAGGCAACUAGUCCUCAACAUGUGCCUCAACAAACUGCAAAGCUAUAAAAUGCUGGCAGAGCCUAAUCUGCGCCGCUCUGUUCUCAUAGCCAAUACAGUCCGUCAGAUUCAGGAGGAAACACGGCAGGAGGCCACCCAACUGCCAGGAAUUGUGGAUCAUGAGAUUACCCCCAACAGUUUAAUGUACACAGGAAAUGAUUUCCUGGAGACCUCCUCCUUAAAUCUGCCUUUUGGAAUCCACACCGACUUCACAAGGGAUUCCUGGCCCAGUGAGAAUCCAGUGGAAAAUUUGAUGGAAGUCACAGAUGAUGACAUGUCUUCUGCCAUUUCAUCCAUUCUCAAGGAUCUUGAUUUUGUUGAGGACACCAGCCCUAUUCCCUCCCUGGGCCCUGUUGCAGACGAGCCUCCAAAACCUGUGGAAAAUGGAUUUAAAGCCGAAAGACAAGACACAAGAGGUGGAGAAUGUGUCUUUGGUUCCUUCGAACUUACAAGUUCUACCAGUUACCUAAAAGAUUUAUCUGUGGAUGACAUUUUUGAUGACAUAGAUACAUCAAUGUACGACUCCGAUGUUGGGUUUUCUUUCUUGGUUUCCCCAAGGAUGCAGCCUACAUUAGAAGAAUCUCUAAAACUAUAUACACUGUGCAAUAAUUCCUCAAAUAACAUGCAAGUAUGCAGGACAGAUCUGAACGAUUUGGACCACAUUAUGGAAAUUUUAGUUGGAUCUUGACCACUUCAUCUCCUGACCUUCUUCUCAAUUUUAAAGCCAGAUAAUUGGGUCUUUGAAGGUGAAGUACCACCUUCUAAAAUCAUUCAGCACUUAAAAGCUACCAUUACAGUUGCACAAAGAAAUCCAGGCUUUAUCUUUGAAUUUGAUUUACAGCAAGAUAUACGACCGACGUUUUUAAAUUGCCUAUGAAAUCCCAAACUGCUUGCUAACAAAUUCUUUAAAGUAUUAUGAGCAUCCUUCAGUUGAAGAAAUUGUGUGAUAAAAUGGAUAUUUUUCUAACUAUUUCAGUCUUUCUAAACUUUCGAUAUAUAAAAAAUAUGACCUAUCAGAGUCAAUGUGGGAUGUCACUACUUGUACAUAGCGGACACUACCUCCUUUUAUGAUGAAGUGCUAAAUACCUGCUCUUGUGCAGUACACGUUAAAGUUUUAUUUUGCAGUUUUUCUGUUUGUGUUUUUGGUAGACUUUUAACAAACUGAUAUUGUAAAGUCUAGAUUAUGUUCUGUUUAAUUUAUAAGUGGAUUGUUUAGUUAUUUCUUAGUUUUGUAAUUUAGAUCAUGUGAUUUGAUUUUCAGUUUAAUAUAACAUGCGCUGUCGUCCACACAGACCAGUGGAAACCCAUUUUGGGGUUAGAUUGAGUUUGAGGAUGCAUUUAGAACAAAAGAUGAUGAUCAACGUGGAGGUGUGGCCCUUCGUAGCCCAUAGGAAUCCAAAACCAUUUGCUGUUGUAGAUUGAAAUGAAAAAGCAAAAUUCUGAUGGGGGUGCUGUAGGCAAUGCCGUUCGCCAUUUUUUUAUAGAAUGCCUGUUGGACAUCACUGGUUAAUUUUAUAACGUCUUACUGAUUUGUUUGCAAUAUUUGUAUGUUUUUUAGGAAUGCCAAAUGUUUGCAGCAUAAGUUGCAACUACUCUGUUUAAGGGUGUAUACAACAUUCAAGCCUCGCGCAGCUGCUUAUGACAGUGGGUUAAAUCCUGUUUUAUUCUCUGAAAAAAAAGUAAUGAAUUUUUUAAUUUGUUUGCGUCCCCUUCUACACGUAUAUUGACUGUGUAACCUUUUGAACCAUUUGGGAUCUGCUCACCUAAUGUGAUAUUAAAGCAGAGCUCCACCCAAGAGAGGAAGCUCCGCUUCCACAUUUGCCAUCUUUCGGGGGUACCUGGUAUUGACCGGUAACCGCUCCUCCUUCCCCUGUCCCAUUCACAAAGGGUAGCCCACUAUUAGGGAUCUGGCUCUGAAGCCACAAGGCUACAAUAAAUGGCAGCAGCAGCACCUGAGAGCCGAUUAAAAAAAAAAAAAAAACAUCUGGGGUGAAGACACCACUGGAUUCCAGGGCAGGUAAGCAUUCUAAUGUUACAAAUCAGCAGCUACAGUUUUUGUAGCUGCUGACUUUUAUUUUUUUUCUGAAGGAGCAUGGAGCUUAUCUUUUAAAGUGGAUCUUCACUGCAUCUGUUCACCACAAACAAAAUACAAUAUGUAAUUGCUUUCAACUACUCAAA